AUGAAAGUCGUCGUUGUGGGCGGAGGUCUAGGUGGCCUGGCCUGUGCAAUUGCUUGCCGCCGUGAGGGCAUUGACGUGGAAAUUCUCGAACGGUCCGUCGAAGUCCAGGAAGUUGGAGCAGGCAUCCAAAUCCCACCGAAUGGAGCUAGGAUAAUGCGCGACUUUGGCUUACUUCCCCAAAUUCUGGAGCAAGGAUGUCAAGUACAACAGAUCAAUCUCCGGAGAUACAAGAAUGGCCGUCUUCUGCGGUCAAUGCCUUUAGGGGAUGAUAUUACGGAGGAACUCGGGGCGCCGUGGAUAAUUAUUCAUCGGGUAGACUAUCAUCGCAUUCUUCUUGAUGAAGCAGUUCGACUUGGUGCGGUUCUUCAACUGGGAGCAGAAGUAGAAGAUAUUCACACUGAUCAGCCAGCCGUUCUUCUCGCUGACGGGAGAUGCAUAUCGGCAGAUGUUGUGAUUGGCGCUGACGGCCAGAUGUCUACCGUCAGAAAGGCUGUUCUUGGAUCUCCUCAUUCUCCAGUUCCCACGGGCGACAUGGCCUAUCGAGCAACUUUUUCACGAGAACAACUAGAGGCCCUAGGAGAUGAGAAAGUGAACGAACUGUGUCAGGAUAUUGCAGUCACAGGCUGGCUGGGGCCGGAGAAGCAUACUGUUUUCUAUCCUCUCCGUGGUGGAAAGGAGUUUAAUCUUGUUCUCAUGCGGCCCGAUAACUUAUCAUCAGAUUCUCGUAGAGAGCAGGGAGAUAUUCAAGAGAUGCGAGAGAGCUAUGCUGACUGGGAUGAAACAUUGCAAAAGCUGGUUUCUUGUGUACCAUCAGUCUAUAAAUGGAAACUAACACAUCUGUCUGAGCUGGAAUCAUGGGCGAAGGAAUCUGUUGCUUUACUUGGUGAUGCCUGCCAUCCCACUCUGCCAUAUCAGGCACAAGGGGCUGCGAUGGCUGUUGAAGAUGGAGCAGUCAUCGGCAAACUUCUUGGCCUAUUGCAGGCUCAUCAUUUAGACUCUAAAAACUCCGGAAAUGAUCCCUCAAUAUCAACGCGCUCUUCAGCUCAGUAUCUCACUGCUGUUGUACUAACUCUCUACGAAAAAUGCCGGAAAGCACGCACAACCCGAAAUGUUCAAGGGGCAAUCAUGAAUCGAAAGAUCUUUCACUUGCCAGAUGGGCUUCUGCAGACGAUCCGGGAUUACAUAUUAGGAUAUGCAGGAUUUACCCGGAAGAGUGACUGGACAUGGCUAUUUUCAUUUCGACAGGGGCAGACUCUUGGUCUAGAUGUGAUAAAAGAUUGUGAAAGGGUGUUUGAGGAGUGGAGAUUGACACUUUGA